CACUUCACACACUAGAGAGAGAGAGAGAGAGAGAGAGAGAGAGAGAGAAGGGGAGGGAGAUAAUGAAUACGAAAAGUAAUCGAAAGCUCAGCUUGAGAAUCAAAAAAGAAGAGAAUCCAUUGUGAGAAUUCUUAGCUUUGGAGUUGGGGGGUUGGGAGGGGAGAUUCGAUUUGUGGAUGCGUUUCAUGGCCAAGAGUGAGGUAAUGGUGGAGGGCGUGGAUGCGUCGGCGGCGAGGGCGGCGGAGCUGAGGAAGGAGUUGCAGAGGGCGGUGAAGGCGAUAGUCAGCGAGGAGGAUUCCAAUGUGGACGCCAUUGAUAGAGCUCUUCAAGCGCUUAGCGCCUUGAAGGACCUGAAAACGAAACGAUCAUCUUUCAGAGAGCCGGCGGGCAUGCCCGCCCCGCCGGACGAAUUCCGGUGCCCGCUUUCCAAGGAACUCAUGAGAGACCCCGUUAUUGUCUCCACCGGUCAGACCUAUGAUAGACCAUUCAUUCAGAAAUGGCUAAAAGCUGGGAACAGGACAUGUCCAAGAACCCAGCAAGUGCUUUCACAUACUCUGCUCACGCCUAAUCACUUGAUUCGGGAUAUGAUAUCGCAGUGGUGUGAGAGUAAUGGGAUUCAGUUGCCAGAUCCUAUUAUGUAUUUGAGUGACGAGGGGCUUACUGAGGCUGAUCGGGAUCAUUUUCUUUCUUUGCUUGAGAAGAUGUCUUCGACGGUGUCUGAGCAGAAAGGUGCUGCAAGAGAGUUGCGUUUGUUAACGAAACGAAUGCCUUCGUUCAGGGCGUUAUUUGGGGAAUCUGUGGAGGCGGUGCCUCAGCUGUUGUGCCCCCUCUCUCAAACCAAGUCUCAGAAUGAUAUACACCCUGAUCUUCAAGAAGACAUAAUCACUACGCUUUUGAACCUCUCCAUUCAUGAUAAUAAUAAGAAGCUCGUUGCAGAAACCCCGAUGGUUAUUCCUCUUCUCAUGAGCGCUCUAAGGUCAGGAACAAUCGAAACGAGGAGCAAUGCAGCUGCUACACUUUUCACACUAUCAGCUGUCGACUCGAAUAAAGCACUCAUUGGGAAAUCUGGUGCCAUGAAACCGCUCAUUGACCUCUUGGAAGAAGGGCAUCCUUUGGCAAUGAAAGAUGCUGCUUCAGCGAUUUUUAACCUAUGUAUUCUCCAUGAAAAUAAGGCAAGAGCUGUUAGAGAUGGUGCAGUGGGUGUUCUCCUGAAAAAGAUCAUCGAUAAAGUCCAUGUGGAUGAACUCUUGGCCAUCCUUGCAAUGCUUUCUACCAAUCAGAGGGCAGUUGAGGAAAUGGGGGAGCUCGGGGCAGUUCCAUGUUUGCUUAAUUUAAUAAGGGAGACCUCUUGUGCUCGCAACAAGGAGAAUUGCAUCGCUGUCCUGUACACAAUCUGUUUCAGUGACCGGACCAAGUGGAAGGAAAUCAGGGAAGAUGAGAACAUGCAUCGCACUAUCUCUCAACUCGCUCGAAAUGGCACUUCAAGAGCCAAGAGGAAGGCAAGCGGCAUUCUUGACAGACUCAACAGGGGUAUCAACCUUACCCACACCGCAUGACAAAGCCAUCAGGAGCAGAAUCUCUGUAAAUUCUACACCUUUUUAAACUCCACGUAAUAUCUAUAUAUCGAGGCAUAUUGUGUGGUCGCUUGCGACCUUCAUUCUGUACAUUCUAUCUCGAGUUUACCAUGCUACAUUGUCCCUAUGUCUAGUUAAUCAAGAAGUUUUUAUAAAUAAUAGCAUCCUAUCUUCUUCGAUAUUCUA